AAUGUCCGCGCUGACGGAUCAAAUCCGCGUCUCGUUUUUGAACAUGAAUCUAAACUCCCGUGAAUGUGUUUAAUGAAACGACGACCUCUGGCUUUUACGCGAGUGUUUAUGAUCCCUCAAACCACGCGUCAAUGACGAAAUUCUCAAUGAAUCAUGUCAGGCUGAGCUUUACCAGAAGGGACGGAUCAAAAGAGUUCAUCACGCCUCUCAGUCCGCACCGAGCGGCGCAGGUGACGGAAGGUAGCAAGUUGGACCGAAAGAUCAAGCGAUGCUUUUACGUUCAUCCCUGCGAAAUCCCGCCCGCGCGCAUCUUCCUUUGGAAACGGUGUGAUUCGGGAAUAGCCCUUUUGGCGUCGGUCAUGAAUGCUUUUGCAGUAUCGCUGUGAGCGGAACAGAGGCAGAGGCUUGAUCAUGAAAUCCUUCAAAUAUCCUUCAAACGCUCUCCUGGAAUUAAUCAUCAUUAUUCUUCUCAUUCCCAACUCCAGGCUUGAAACCGAAGCAGCAUCCAUGAUGGCUAGUGGGGCUUUGGCAGAAGGAUGUCCCCUCGGCCAGUUCCCCUGCGGAAACUUGAGUGUGUGCUUACCCCAAGUCCUUCAGUGUAAUGGGCAUAGAGACUGCAAAAACGGAGCGGAUGAAGAACACUGCGGGGACAACAGCGGAUGGGCGGACAUCUUUGAUCGCACUAUUAAGAAGGCAGAGACACAGGACCUUCCGAACGAUUGCUAUCUGCAGCAGUACCCGGAGAACUGCGUCUGCAGACUGAAGACUGAGGUAGAAUGUGUAAACGUCAACCUUCACGCCGUGCCCGUUCUCUCCUCCAAUGUGACUUGGUUGUCUCUGAAGAGCAAUCGGAUCAGGAAGCUGGAUGAUUUCAUCUUCUCUAAAUAUACACAACUGCAGAGACUGUUUCUCCAGAACAAUCUCAUUCACAUGGUGUCAAACCGUGCCUUCAGUGGACUUAUCAAUCUAACAAAACUGUUUCUCAGCAAAAACCACAUCACCUAUUUAGGGCCCGGCGUGUUCAGAGAUCUACACAAGCUUGAUUGGCUAGUCUUAGAUCACAAUCCAGUUAAAAGCAUUACCCACGACACCUUCAACGGAUUGAGGACCCUAACUUUUCUAUCUAUGGUGAACACGUCCCUGAUGUGGCUGCCCGAUUCCAGUCUGUGUCAGCACAUGCCCUUGCUCAGUUGGCUGGACUUAGCGGAGAACUACGUUGAGUUGCUGAAUUAUUCCACUCUGACGACCUGCACCGCACUCACUGUGUUAUCAUUACAUGACAAUCAUCUCAGGACUCUUCCAGAGGACAUGUUUAAUUCUCUUGGAUCUUUGGUUGAACUAGAUUUGUCUUGCAACAGAAUCUCAGAUCUUCCUCAUAACACUUUUAAGAGUUUAAAGUCUCUAUAUAAACUGAACAUCUCUCACAACCCUUCACUCCACAUUCAUGCCAGUCACUUCGUUCACCUGAUCCAACUUCAGUCCCUAAGUCUGGAGGGCAUCGAAAUACCAGAUAUACAGACCAAGAUGUUUCUUCCAAUGGGGAACAUGUCACACAUAUAUUUUAAGGAUUUUCAGUACUGUUCCUAUGCCCCGCAUGUUCGGAAAUGUAAACCCAACACAGAUGGAAUUUCAUCUGUUGAAGACCUGUUAGCCAGCCUGGUCCUACGGGUGUCUGUGUGGGUUAUGGCCUUCAUCACCUGCUUCGGGAAUCUCUUUGUUAUAGGAAUGCGCUCAUUCAUUAGAGCGGAAAACAACCUGCAUGCAGCCUGCAUCAAAGUCCUGUGUUUUGCAGACUGUCUGAUGGGAGUCUAUCUGUUUUUCCUGGGGGUGUUUGAUGUGAAAUUCCGGGGUGAAUAUAACCGCAACGCUCUCAUCUGGAUGGACAGCAUGGAAUGUCGAACUAUUGGCUUUCUUGCUAUGCUUUCAUCGGAAGUAUCUGUUCUCCUUCUUACCUACCUGACACUGGAGAAAUUCCUAGUCAUUGUUUUCCCAUUUAUCCAUCUGCGACCAGGAAAGAUGCAGACAGGGUUGGUUCUGGCCUUCAUUUGGAUUCUGGGAUUUGUAAUCGCAGCUGUUCCCUUGCUAAAUGAAGACCUGUUUGGGAACUAUUACGGGAGAAAUGGAGUUUGUUUCCCUCUGCACUCUGAUAGGCUGGAAAAACCCACGGCCAAAGCGUACUCCACAGGGAUAUUUCUCGGUCUAAAUCUGGUGGCCUUCUUGGUGAUUGUAGUUUCCUAUUCCAGCAUGUUCUGUUCCAUUUAUAAAACAGGCAUCAAUGCUACAGAUGUGCGCAGUCGGCUGCACAAAGACGUUGCCGUGGCAAACCGUUUUUUCUUUAUUGUGUUCUCUGACGCUCUCUGCUGGAUACCCAUAUUCUUGGUCAAAACCCUUUCUCUGCUAAAAGUUGAAAUACCAGGAACAAUAAACUCCUGGGUGGUGAUCUUUAUUCUGCCUAUCAACAGUGCCCUGAACCCCAUCCUUUACACUUUGACCACCAGCUUCUUCAGAGAGCAGGUGGAGGUCCUUCUUUGUCGCUGGCAGCGUCGCUCCGCAUCCAAGAAGGACCGUAAAAGUCUCACCAGCUCCACCAUCUACGUGGAGAACCCUCGAAAUGCAGAAUACCCAGCAAAAAUGACAGUGCAGUGGUCGUCUUUGGCAGAUAUGGAAAACCAGUAUGGGUGAAUAAGCCCUUGAGCAUCGAAGUACAGGCCUGUCAUAAUCAUUAUCUUCAUUCAGAGCAGUGAAUGAACGCUUUACCUGGAAUAUUCUAUUCUUAACGGGUUCCAGUAUUGAAAGCUGCUCCUUUUAGACAUAUGGCUCUAGUUGCCUUUUUAUGCCAGAUACAGGCCUUGGACCCCUCCAGUAUCCCCCCCUCCCCCCCCAAAAAAACACCAUAUCUGGAUCACAGGCCUUGAGUCGGUCUGUUCUUCAUCUCAGAAGCUUUCGGGAAAAAAGCAAAGUCUACAAAAACAAGGCACAAAACUGACAGUAUUUUCUGAAACGCAAAUCUUUGAGGAUUCAAAGAGACUAUAACAAUGUUGUUUACACAAGGACAUACGGGACGGGUUUGGAGAUUGAUUUAAAUGAGCUAUUUCUAAUGUACAGUAAAGGGAAUUUAUGAUAGCUUUGUCAUUUUAGUAUUUAUCACAGAAAUACACAGAUCUCCUAAAGUAUUGGUAUUAUUUCAACAAACAAGUAAAAGGGCCCCAACUCACUGAUGGCUAUGGUAAUGAAAUUCUCAUUUAAUAGUUGGACGUUAUUGGCAUUCCCUUUUUAAACAUAGAAUAUUAGAAGCAUGCUAUCGAGAAAAAAGAGGAGCAAAUCAUUCAGAUUCAGCUGUACAAAACUGCAAAGAUUUUGUUUGUUCUUUGUCAUUUUUUACCACAAUGCAACAGCAUUUUAUUUUUUUAUUCAUUUAGACAAUUUAUAAGUUUGUUUUUUACACAUCCAAAGAUAUGAACAAAUAAUCAAAUGUCAUAAAGACAUAAAUGUUAACAUAAAAGCCUCAAUUGACAAUCUGUAGGCAUCCAUCAUACCAUAGACGCCAUCAAGCCAUAUAUUUUGUUGGACUUAAGUCAAGGUUUGUACCAUUUUUGUGUUUGUGUGUUUUAAAAUGACGGUUAUGUGUAUCGCACAUAAAACAGGUCCCAUUGUAUGUUUUUGUAAACAAAAAAACCUGUUACUGUAUGUAAACAGCAUACGAUAUGUUAGAUAAACACUAUUUAAUAUUACCCAAAGAUAAAUGUAAGUUCUUGGUAUCGACCUCUGACCAUCCGUACCGAUUGAAGACGUCACUUACAGUACAUUUUAGAUUGGAUUGAUAGAGAAAAUCCUAGCCGAAGUCAGUUUCGAUGAAAUUGUGCUGUUUUAAAGGAAACCCUAUUAAACACGUAACAUUUGACGCCUUUGUCUCGGUUGUUGGCUACUGUGCACCUGUCAGUGUUCGGCAGCAUCCUUACAAGUGCUCCAGAGCCGAAUGGAAGGAGAGGAACAGACGGACGUACAUCGCAGCCAAUCAGCGAUCUCUAUUUCUCCCGUUCGCUAAUCCCUUCGCUCCGAUUGGUCGCUAAGGGCGGAGCCGCACCAUCCUCAGCCUUCUUCUUUUUUCUGCCAGUCGAUGCAUGAUACCAAUGAAGUGAAAAUAGCACAAUUCAGCGACGACGUUCGGAUGAAGAUAUGAACAUAUAGUCUACUAAAGAGAAACGCGAGAUAGAUGAUAUGACACAUGGCGUGCUUAUUCAAAACCUAGAAUAGCCUGCACUGUUCUGCCGUCACUUUGU